CCGACUCAGACCGACCUCCAUUGCUAUAUUCUUGAAGGGAGGGUUUCUACACGCUACAUCUCCUCAGAGUCCUAUAAACAUACCUGAUGGCUGCAGCAAGGCAAGAUUACUAUACAGACUCGAGCGACGAUACAUCCACAGACGACCACCCGCUCGUCUCUCUCUACAAGCGCCCGACUCCACUCGGUCUUCUACGCUCCUUCCUCAUCAACGCAGCGCUUCCCUUCAUCAAUGGCGUCUUUCUUGGCUUUGGGGAGAUCUUUGCGCAUGAGCUUGCGUUCAUGCUUGGUUGGCGGGGUGCAGUGCCGCAAUCACAGCAGACAUUGGCGCGGCUUGCUGGUAGGACAGAUACACGGCGGCGCGUUGCACCAGGCGUCAGUGUGCAUGACAAUAGCGACAGUAGGAGUCGUCGUGAACAGCGCGAGCUUGAAGAUAUGACGGCAUUAGAGUAGAGCAAAAUACGGAGAAUUGAAGCAUGUUGAUGACCUUAUACACAAUUGUGAAACUAGCGUUUGCUUCCGGCCGGGCCGCCCUACAGCUCCGUCUCGACGC